CUCGUACGGCGACCGAGGAAACGAAGGCAAAACGAAGAAAAAAUAGGGCAACCGCACCAUUUCGUUAUUCUCUCCUAGGGUUUCCUCCUCCUUCAUUCCCUUCUCUCCGGCGAGCGAUCCCGGCGGCUAUGGCGGAGAAGAAGAUCACCCUGAAGAGUUCCGACGGCGAGGUCUUCGAAGUGGAGGAAGCGGUAGCUAUGGAGUCCCAAACGAUCAAGCAUAUGAUCGAGGAUGACUGCGCCAGCAACGGCAUCCCCCUCCCCAACGUCACCAGUAAGAUCCUCUCCAAAGUGAUUGAGUACUGCAAGAGGCAUGUCGACUUCGCUGCUGCCUCUUCCAGGUCCACCGCCGAUGACACCUCCUCCAAGCCAGCCGACGAUGAGCUCAAGUCUUGGGAUGCCGAGUUUGUCAAGGUCGAUCAGGCCACCCUCUUCGACCUCAUCCUGGCUGCAAACUAUCUAAAUAUUAAAGGCCUACUGGAUCUGACCUGCCAAACCGUGGCUGAUAUGAUCAAGGGGAAGACCCCUGAAGAGAUCCGCAAAACCUUCAACAUAAAAAAUGACUUCACUCCAGAAGAAGAGGAAGAGGUCCGGAGAGAGAACCAGUGGGCCUUUGAAUGAAUGGAAUUGAAAUUGGACAUGAUAUUUAUCUGAUAGGUGGGUUGCUGGCAUUGGGUUGAUGAUGUUUUAGAUUGCUGGCCUGAAGAAAUAUUGGACUUUUAUAUGAUGCUAUUACUUUGUUGGGAGCUGAGCAAAGUAAAUUGGGUUGGUUGCUAGUUAUGGACAUGACUCCUUGCAAACCUCAUUUGGAUAAUUUGUGUGUGACUUGCCUUUGAAGUAUCCAACUUUGAUGAUCAUAUCAGAUUUCCUUGAUUUUGUUUAUAGAUACAUGAUGCUGUUAGCAUUUCAA